AUGGUCCGUGGAAGCUGCCUCGUCUCGGUUGUUGCCGGCGCCAAGGACAUGCUCUCUAUCGAGCUGCUGACGCCGAUCAUGGCCGCGUUUGGGGUCGAGGCGAGCGAGAUCAAGGUGUUGAGCGACUUUGCCACGGCCGUCCCGCACGGCGAGGCCGUCAUCGGCUUCGCCUCGCCGGCAGACGCGGCCAAGGCGGCGCGGAUUCUCGACGGCGCCGCAGUCGGCGAGCUGGUACUGGCGGUGAAGGAUGUGUCGGCGCCGGCGGCUGAGCGGACGAUCGCGGUGAUCGGCGCCGGGUUGGCCGGCGCGUCGGCCGCGCUGUCGGCCGCCGAGCUGGGCGCUACUGUCAUCGUCCUCGAUAAGGAGGCGCGCGGUGGCGGGAACUCGGCCAAGGCCUCGUCUGGCAUCAACGGGGCAGGGACGGCGUUCCAGGCCGAGGUCGGCAUCGACGACAGCCCGGCGCUGCUCAUCGCCGACACGAUGGCGUCGGGCAAGGAUAAGGCCGACCCCAAGCUCGUCCAUAAGCUCGCCCACGACUCGGCGGCGGCGCUGGCGUGGAUCGAAAAGACGGCUGGCGUUGCGCUCAACGCCGUCGUUGCCACAGGUGGACACUCGGUGGCACGGACGCACCGGAUGGCGGCCGAGCCUGGCGCGCGGCCGGUCAACCUCGGCUGGGGCCUCAUGCGCCCGCUCCUCGACGCCAUGCACGCCCAUCCCAACAUUUGUGUGGUGAACGGCGCCACGGCUGUCGGCCUUGACACCGCCGCGGGCGUGGCGCAGGUUCGCGGCGUCGUGGCGCGCAUCGUCGGCGCAGACGCGCCGAUCACGCUCGCGGCGAGCGCGGUGGUUCUGGCGACCGGCGGAUACGCGGCAUGCAGCGAGCUGCUUCCAGACCACGUCGCGGGCCUUCCGACCACCAACGGCGCCUUUGCCACCGGCGAUGGUAUUGAGCUCGCAAAGCGCGUCGGUGGUCUUGUCGGCAACCUCGAUGCGGUCCAGGUCCACCCGACAGGCUUUGUGGAUGUGGCCGAUCCGGGCGCGGGGACCAAGUUCCUGGCGCCCGAGGCGCUCCGCGGCUACGGCGGGGUCCUUGCCACGCCCGACGGCGAGCUGAUUGUCGACGAGCUGGCAACCCGCGACGUGGUGUCGGCGGCGAUUCGCGCCGCCUGUGAGCCUGCAUCCGGCGCGCCGUCGCCAGUUGCCGUCCUCCUGAUGAACGCCGAGGUGGCGUCGGGCUUUGACCCGGCCAUCUUUGACUUCUACGUGAGCAAAGGCCUCAUCCACUCGUUUGGCAGCAUGGCCGAGCUCGGGGCGUGGGCCGAUGGCGUGUUUGGCGGGCAGGCGGGCACGGACGGAGCGAGGCGGAGCAAGGCGUACGAAGCGGCAAUGGCGGCGCGCGGGCGAGCGGUGACGAGCCCGAUGCACGCGGCGCUCAUCACGCCGGCAGUCCACUACACAAUGGGCGGGGUGGGGAUCAACCCGGAUGGGGCGGUCCUCCACGCCGGCUCUCUGGUCCCGAUCCCGGGACUCUACGCCGCAGGCGAGGUGACAACGGGGGUGCACGGGGCAAACCGGCUCGCCGGCAACUCGCUCCUCGAGUGCGUGGUGUACGGGCGGGCGGCGGGCCGAUCGGCAGUUCUGCAUCCUACACGGCUGCCUGCGCUCUCGCCGACCGAGUGGGUAUCGCUGGAGCUAAAGUCGGUCACGCCGCUCUCGAGCUCGUCGUCGCUCUUCUCGUUUGCGCUCCCGUCGGCGCACCACAUCUCGGGCCUCGGACUCGGCGACUAUGUCAAGAUCCGUGCCGAGGUCGACGGCGCCGCCAUGGUGCGGUUCUACUCGCCGAUCUCGCGCGACGACGCGCUCGGACACCUCGAUCUGUGCGUCAAGACGGCGGCGGCGGAUGCCGGCGGCAUGGCGGCGCACUUUGGCAGCCUCGCACCCGGCGACAUCCUCGAAUUCUCCGGUCCAGCUGGCGGGCCGCACCUCUCGAUGGCAACGACCGAGAAGACCGCGUUUGGCUUGCUUGCCGGCGGCACCGGCAUCGCGCCGAUGCUGCAGCUCAUCCGCGCUGCACUGCUCAAGGAGCGCAAGAUCGGGACGGCGACACGGCUCGAUCUGGUGUAUGCGGCCAAGAACGAAGACGAGAUCCUGCUGCGCGAGGUGCUUGAGGCGCACGCCGCCAAGCACCCCUCGCUCUCGCUCUACUACGCGCUAAUGGAGCCGCCGGCCGAGUGGGACAUGGGUGUGGGCUUCAUCACGCCCGACAUGAUGGCGGCGCGGCUCCCGCCGCCUGCACCGUCGACCAUGAUCCUCAUCUGCGGGCCGCCACCGUUCUGCGCCGCCAUGCGCCGCGGCCUCGACAGUCUCGGCUACCUCGAUGGUGAGCACUACUACUCGUACUGCUGA